UAAUCUUGAAAAAGAACACGUUAGAAACUAGUCUGGACAGUCUAUCCAGUUUGAUCGGAGUUACUGGUUUUUCUUGCUCUCUACAACAACAUGGGAUUAACCACAGCUGAAGACUCCUGCUCUCCAGUUAUUACUGACCUGAGGAUUGUCCUGCUCGGAAAGACUGGAUCAGGAAAGAGUGCAACAGGGAACACCAUCCUGGGAAAGAAAGCUUUUGCCACAAGCAUGUUUUCAUCUUCCGAGACCAAGAAUUGUAAGGAACAAAUCGUCCACUUUGAUGAAAGAACCGUGCGUGUCUUUGACACUCCCGGGAUCUUUGACACGUCAGUUGACGACGAGACAUUGAAAAGUGAAAUAGAGCGAUGUAUCACGCUGUCUCUCCCAGGACCCCAUAUAUUCCUGCUAGUGAUCAGACUGGAUGUUCGCUUCACAAAAGAGGAGAAGGAUGCUGUAAAGUGGAUCAAGGAGAACUUUGGUGCAGAAGCCUCCAAGUACACAGCAGUGCUUUUCACUCACGGUGAUGUGCUCAACAAAACUUCCAUUGAGGACUAUUUACACCGAAGUCCUGAGCUGAGCGAGCUCAUCGAUGACUGUAAAGCCGGGUACAUAGUGUUUGACAACACACGCAUGAAUGAUCGCACACAGGUAGCUGAUCUGUUUGAAAAGAUAGACACCACUGUGCAGUCAAAUGAGGGCUUUUAUACCAGCAGCAAAUACGAAGAGGCCCAGAAACAAUUGGAUUGGGAAAGAUUUAAGGGAAAGUGUGGCGACACCCUGAAAUCUGCAGGUUCUUUGUUGGUGGGGGCAGCUUUGUAUUCUGCUGCCCCUGCUGCUGCAGCCAGACGACCACUGCUAGUAGCUGCAGUUGCAGUUGCAGGGGUCACUGGAACUGUUUGGAGGUGGAUCAGACCGAAAACAAAAACCAACUAAGUCAGGACUCCUAUGAAGUCAGCCAUGUCAUACUUAAGUACAAAUUCACAUUCGACUUUUCUGAUAUUGCAUUUAUUCAUUGCAU